AUGGCAUCCAAGGCGAUAUUCCUGAUGUCAGACUACGGUCAUGACCCUACAGAAACUGCGAUACCCUGGAGGGUCUUUCGGGAUGCUGGGUUGACGGUCUCUUUUGCCACGGAAGCGGGCAAAGCCCCUGCUUGCGAUAGCAAGAUGCUUACAGGCUGGACUGGGACCCUGUUGGGAGCGAACCAGGCGGCCAAGGCCGCAUACGAAAUCCUCUCAAAGGACACCGCUUUCAGGCAGCCGCUCUCCUGGACAGCCCCAGGCUUCAGCCUCGUGGACUUUGACCUCGUCUUCCUUCCGGGUGGCCACGAAAGGAGCGUUCGACAGCUCUUGGACUCUGCGGAAGCUCAGAAAGUCCUCGUCGAGUAUUUCGAGACGGCGAAGAAACCAUCGUCAAAGGUGGUUGCCGCGAUCUGCCACGGAACCCAAGUCCUGGCCAAUGCCACACGUGCCGAUGGUAAGAGCGUCUUGCAUGAGUGUGACACCACAGGACUGCCUGGUGCCAUGGAACAGACGGUCUUUCAUGCCACGAGACUUGUCCUUGGUGAUUACUACAAAACGUAUGGAGCAGGAAGCGAUAGCGUCCAAACCGCUGUAACGAAGAAGCUGCGUGAGCCGUCGCAGUUCAAGAGCAGCUUGGGUUCAGCGCCGUUCAUUGUCGAGGACGCUACUUACAAUUACCUCUCUGGCCGCUUUCCACCAGACUCGGAGGCAUUGGCAAAGCGUGCUGUGGAACUACUGAACCAGGCUCAGCCCAGGCAACGUUGA